AUCGGUGCCACCAUCCGUCAGCGCAUGAUCGGAGCACGGGGCUCCGUCGCCGCCCGGCCGCCAGUUACUCCGUCGCCGCCGAACAAAACGCGCGCUUCCGCACUAAGUCACCCCCACAAAGAACCCAACACAAUUAUGACUGACAUCGCCCCUCAAACCACAAGACCCCAACGAAUCAAGUGAAAGAACACCACCCCUCGCUUUACUAUGCAAAGAACAUUCUAAAUACCGCAAUUUGUGAAGUUAUAUCGUGACUGUUUACACCUGUGCCCAAAAUGAUUCAAGACACUGAUGCAACAGCUCUGGCUGAAAGGAUAGCAGCAUUCAAAAGCGAUCCGCAGAAACUACGCGAAGCCACAGAGUUCGUAGACGAACUCAUCCAACAGGCCAAAAAAGAGGCUGAGCUUAAACAAAAAGAGAAAGACAGAAGUAAAUUCGAUGUCCAGGACCCUGCUGCGGGUAACCUGAAGAGGCGUCUCGGCCGGGCGCGAGGUUUUGUGCUCCGCAUGUUCGACGCCCUAUGUAAUUGUACGCAGACCGCCGCUGCAGCAGCAAGGACCACUGCUCGCAACAACCCGUUCACUAAGCGCUAACCCGAUCACAUCUCACCAAACAAGAACAAUCGAGAAUGCGGCAACUUUAGUAGCGAAUCAUAUUCUAAAUUUAAAUAUUUUAUUUGUUUUUUUAAUUUGAAUUCCGGCCACUUUUCCAGCGAAUGAAUUUCCAUUGAACAUACUGGCUGGUGAUAAACUAAUUUACUAUUACAUGUAUGAUGAGUAUGGAUCUUAUUGUAUUACAUCCAUCAUACGCAGAAAGGUAUAAAAAAAUAUAUACUGAUAAUACUAUUAUAGGUACCAUCCAUAUUAAUCAGUAAAAUAUUUUCAGAUAAUCAUUUUAAAUGUAAUUCAAAGAAUUUAAAAUAAUAAAUUAAAAAAUUGGCUAAUAGAAAAACAAUAAAGUGUCAGUAUUCUCAUCAAAUAAGUAACUCUUGGAUCAAAUAUACUACUUAAGAAUUAGUAUUUUAUAGAUACUUAAAUAAAUACUUAGAUAUAUAUAAAAUACUUGAUACUUUUGUAAUAAAACGAUUGAUAUAAUCGCAUAUCGAUAAGAAAAGUUGAAUAAUAUAUUAUCUAAAGAUGAUUGAAAUACGAAUAUAAAAAAAGUUAAGUAAUGCAACAUACGCGCAUAUCUUCCUUGUGCAUGUUAAAAAAAACUAUUAGUGAUUUCUUAAAUUUUGUGGUACUAAUAAAUUGUUUUUUUAGACGUGUACAAGUGUCCCCUUGCUUUGUAGCUGCUCGCAGCAGUGUCGCAGCAAUAGGUAGACGUGUAACCUAACUUCCCAAAAAUUGGUGUAAAUUCCUUGGGUGGCUCUGAAUCUCUGAUCUGAUUGCGCUUAAAGGGUUAUAUAUUUAAUACCAAAUACAUAUUUAAAGUAAGUACAACUCAUAUAUAUAGAUGCCAUUAGCAACCUUGGUAUUUGUUGUGUCUGUUAUGCUAUCAUGAGAAAAAUUUAAUUAUCUACCUAAUUUAUAUCCUUUGUGCUUAUAGUACACCUAUGACGGUGUCGUUUUUGUUUGCUAUAAUAUAAUUGUGUAAGUUUCGCGGAUUUAUCUUGCAAACUCUUUUCUGGUAGCGCCAUCUUGUUUGGUAUCACUGAAAAUCAGGGCUCUUCGUCACGGCACAAGCUGAGUGGUACCUUUUGUAGCAUAUUUAAUGUACCUACCUUUGUAAUAUUAACAUUUUGAUAAUAUUAACAUUUCCUGUGAUGUAUAUUAGUACCUAUGUUAUGAAUACAUUUAUUUCUAUUUCUAAAUAAAAAAAAGCGGGACCGUAAAUUCUGGAUUUAUAAAUCUGGACGCUCUGGCCCCAACCCUGUGAAGCGUUCUUUAGCUGUGCCUCUAUGAAUUACACUUCUCAAUGGUCAGAGUAGGUAUAAUAAGUUAGGGCCACCCACAACCCUUGUGGUCUUCCUGUAGUCUCUUUAAAAUUAAUAAUACAACAUGAUGUAUUUUGAUCGGUGUGAAGACGCUUAUAGUUCGUAAGACAUGUAUUUAGCAAUAUUAAGGAACUUUACUGUAUCAAACCCUACGUGUGUAUACUGUCCAAUCUACCUAAGCCUUUUUGAAUGUUUAUAAUUAGUUGUAUACAAAUAUAUUGGAUUUUUAAGUUCUUUCUGAACAGAAUUGUUUCACAGUUAUCGUACAAGAGUUAAAAAGACCUUUCGAAAGAUUAAGGAUAAUAUAUAAGUACUUAUGUAAUAUUUAAACUUAAAAGGUAGUAGUAUUUUUCGAUGGGUAAUGGGUCAAAAAAUUCAGUGUAGCGCGUGCGUAGCACAAAUUAAAAAUAAUAAAUUGUUAAGUCGUUUUUCAACAGAGUAUGUUUUGGCCAGAAAACGGUUUUUAUAAGUUAGGUUUUAUCCUAUAAUGAAACGAAUAAUUAAACCAAAACCUACCUAGUUACAAUUUAUUUAAUUUAGCUAGUUAUUGAUAAAAUAUUUUCGAUACAGGAGUUAACUGUGUGUUGUGCUGAAUAUUGUGCCGCCUACAUACUAUCGACGAACUUACUUAGACAGAUACUUACUUGUCAGAUUGCAGACGACAUGCAAGUUCUUUCGUUUACCGAAAUGAAAAACCAGCAAUGUAUGCCGAAUUCGCCAAGUUCGGCGAACAGUGUGGAGCCGACAUUAAAAAGCAAUGGAUCAGUUAACGCUCAAUAUUUUGUAUUUUUCGUAUUAUUUUAUUAACUUAAGUAUAUCUAAAUUUUCUAAAGGUUACUGUAAUAAUCAUAUAUUAAGGAUUUGUAAGUUUAUUGAAUGUAGAAAAAAAAUAAUGUGUAAGUAGAUUAUGUCUUUAAGAGCCAUUAUGCCCUAUUGCGAUGACGCAGCACGUUGUAGCUCCGUUGUUUUCUAUAGGUUUUGACACGACGUACGUUAACGUACAUCGAAAUUUCAUAAAAUUUCUACGCCAUUCGUGUUGUUUCUGCGUUGAUCCGUCGACGGACAUGACGGAGCGUAACGGAGAAAUGGGGCAAUGGCUCUAAAGAGAUAAAACAUUAUCUAAAUUUUACAUAAAAUAAGAGCUUGUAUCUCUCUCACGUGGAUUGAUAAUAAAAAAAUUGUCUUAUUUUUUGUGAAGUAUUUGACUAACAAAACCUAUAAAAUUCUUCUACAUACCUAUUUAAUGUGGAUUUGUCUGUGUUAAUAAAUGUUAAAUGUGAUAUCCUGCCUGUAAUCUUCACUUCCGGUGUAAACUUAACCGGUAUUCUCAGAUUAAAUCAUUUUGUAAAUUAA